AAAGAUCAAGGUUUAUCAGAAACAUUUUCAUCAGAAAAUAAACGAUAUUCACCAAAUGUGAGUGAAACGUCAGAUGCAGGACUCAUGGCUUAUUGGAAUAAUACAAUUAACGCAACCGACGUUAAUAUAAUUAAUAAUACAUCCAUGAAUGCAUUUCCUGAUCAAAUUAUAUCAUCUCGGUGGUUAUAUGGUAAUAUGGAACAUCCAUUUGUGGGAGAUUCAUGGACAAAUUUUCUUCGAUCACCUACGGUCUCACCAGGGCUUAUAAGAAGAUUCUCAAGAAGUAAUGAAAGUGGAGAAAACAGCAACGAAGAAGGAUAUUUCCAACAAAACAUGACAUUAUAUAACAAUAAUAAUCCAUAUACAUACGAUUAUUCUAUGGUAACUGAUAUGUCUAACGGACAACCAUUUUCUGAAUGGUCAGCUGGAAGAAUCAUGUCAAAUCGUAGGAAUUUAGUUGAUAUGGGUGAAAUGGGAUCGAUAAUUCCAUCAUCAAGUAUCAAUGUUCAUGGAAAUUCUACGGCUUCACAAUUAUUAAAUCCUACUAUAGGAUCAACAUUGGAUGGACUAGAUAUGUCAAAUGUAGAACUAAUGAAUAAUAAAGGAUUCAUGACAUCAGUACGAAGAACAG